GUGUAUAAAUAGUUUACACAUGCUUGCAUUUUGCAUAUUCAUCAAUUGAAACCAAACAAAAUUAAGAACAACAGACAUGGCAGAAGCUAUUCAGGUUAUCAAGGUUGCAGCCCUCAGUGGGUCUCUGCGCAAAGCUUCCUUCAAUACAGGCCUCAUCCGUUCUGCAAUUGAGCUGAGCAAGGAGUCGGUGAAUGGUAUACAAAUUGAGGAGAUAGAUAUAUCCCAGUUGCCAUUGUUGAACACUGAUCUUAUAGUCAAUGGAAAUUAUCCAUCAGCUGUUGAAGCUUUUCGCCAGAAGAUUCUCAAAGCUGACAGUGUUCUUUUCGCUUCUCCUGAAAACAAUUACUCUUUUAGUGCACCUUUGAAGAACGCCAUGGACUGGGCAUCUCUACCACCAAACUGCUGGGGAGAUAAGGCAGCCGCUGUAGUGAGUGCUGGAGGAGGCUUCGGUGGUGGGAGAUCACAUUACCAUCUUCGCCAAAUCGGAGUUUAUCUGGAUCUUCAUUUCAUAAAUAAACCUGAACUUUUCUUGAAUGCAUUUCAACCUCCUGCAAAGUUUGAUGAUGAUGGAAACUUGAUCGAUGCUGAGACCAAAGAGAGGUUGAAAGAAAUUCUGGUUGCCCUGCGUGACUUCACCCUGCGACUUCACAAGUAGAGGAGAGGAGAGGAUCAUACGUACAAUCUAUAUGCAUUAAUUCAGUAUAGAUUUUUUGGCAUGUUUAUGGUUUUGAAUAAAUAAAAUUGUUGUAUUGCAUUUUAUCUUCUUUAGAUUUUGAUAUGUUUGUUAAGCAAUGGAAUAAAUUUCAUUUGGCAAAA